UGCUAAUCUGAUUUCGUAUCAUUUUGUUCGCCUACAAGAGGACAGCAGGGGGCCUUAGCGGUGUCUGUUAAGACAGGAUUGGGAUCUAAUUCUGUGUUGUGCAACCCUUAAAAGGAAUAAUCCUAUUAAUACGGAGUAUUUCAUCCGAAUGACUAAGCUCGACGUCCACCAACGCGGUUUGCGUUCGAAUUGUUUUGUAUGUAUGGAAGGAUAGUUUACUUGGACUGAGUUGUUUUUUGCUUUUGCCAGUGAUGAAUCAUUGAAAUAUAGCUUUACUGUGUAUUAUAAUCAAGGGAUUAUCGUUAGCCCUUUAUCUGGUGCUGACAGGAACCGCCAUGUGGUAAAGACAUGUGCGCUCCUGUGUAAAUAUUACAGUUGAUGCGAAGGUCCAGUGAGAAAAUAACCAACCUUCUGCUCAACUAGGAGAAGAUGUUCCUCUGGUCGGCAGUGUUCUCCAGGGAACCCCAGGUUCCCGGUCAGCGCUCGCCGGAGGAACUGGUGACCGACAUGCUGAUGCUGGAGCUGGGCUCUUUGCUGAAGCGCACUGAGCGCCUCCGCCAGGAGAGGGCGACGGAGAGCCGCAGGCGCAGCUCCUCUGUGGAUUACAGCUGGCUGGCUGCUCCUCCACACAAGUCCUCUUAUGAGAUCCCGGCUGGGGAGAUGCUGGAGCUCCAGGACCUGUGCGUCAAGGUCUCCCCCUCACAGUGCGGUCCCCUCAUCCUCAGGCUGAGGAAAGUUGUGACAGAGGUAGAGCCAGAGGUGACUGAAGUGUCUCGCCUAUUUCGUUCCGUUCUGUGUAACUUCCUGGAUGAGGCUGAGGAUGAGGAAGCCAGGCAGAGGGCACUGAAGGCUCGGGCCAACCGCAGCAAGAGCAUGUCUGUCAUCAACCUGCGCUCACGGAUCCGGAUCAGUCCGCUGUGGAGCAGAGCCACGUUCAGCCGUGAUGCUGAGGAGGAUGACGAGGAUGAAGACAAUAUCCACAGAAGCAGGAGGAUCAGGAGCAUGCCUGAUAUCAGUGUGGUGGAAGAAAGAGCGCUGACCUGAGCAAGCUAUGUUUGGAGUAGAAACUCUUCAUGAUAUGGGCAACCAGCUGGAUUUUGAACAUUACAUUAUUUUACAGCAUUGCUUGCUCCCCAGAUAUAAUGGAAGAAAUUGUCAUUACACCUCUUAAAAAUAAAGGUUAGAAAUGGGGAUUUUGCAGUGGUGCAAUGUAACAUAGUAUUUGAGUCCUUUCAGUGAAGUUUUUUUCUUAAUGUGAAGAAUAUUUUAAUAAUCUAAAGAACUUUUCCAUUAUGAAGAAACUCUUUGGUACAAGGUUUCAAAAGCUAAAAGUUACAUCUUUGUACCUUAUUUAACCCUAAAUUGAAAGUAUACUGCCUCAGUGACAGUUUAUUAAAUGUUCUUCACAGAACCACAGAUGCUAAUAAAGAACCUUUAUUUUUAGGAGUGUAUGAAUCUUUUCUUAUUUAAGUAGCACUUUGUACACUUCCC